GUAGCACUAUGGCGGAAGGUAUAACACUGUAUGCUAAGAACGAGAGAAGGCAACAGACAUGUCUGAACAAUAUAGAGAUCGGCUUGGUCAAUGGACCUUCGACGAAGCAACGGGAGACAAUGUGUGCCCAGCAACUAUACGAGGUCUCGAUCAUUUGCGGAAUCCGUGCCUCAACAAGGGAAUGGCUUUUACUCUUGAAGAACGCCAGGUGUUGGGAAUCCAUGGAUUGAUUCCUCCACGGUUCAAGACUCAAGAUGAACAGCUGGAAUUAUGCCGUCUUAAUGUGGAAAGAUAUCCUGAGGACCUCAACAAGUACAUCUAUCUCAUGGGCCUACAGGAUCGAAAUGAGCGUUUAUUUUACCGCUUUCUAUCAGAGAAUGUGGAGCAGCUAAUGCCCAUUGUGUAUACACCUACCGUUGGUUUGGCCUGUCAGAAAUAUGGUCUCAUAUAUCGAAGACCAAGGGGACUCUUCAUCACCAUUCAUGACCGUGGACAUGUGUACGAUGUCCUCAGAAAUUGGCCUGAAUCUGAUGUCCGUGCCGUUGUUGUAACUGAUGGAGAAAGAAUUCUGGGACUGGGAGAUUUGGGUGCAUAUGGUAUGGGUAUUCCUGUGGGCAAGUUAGCCCUUUACACAGCUUUAGCGGGCAUCAAGCCACAUCAGUGUUUGCCCAUCACUCUCGAUGUGGGCACAAACACACAGACACUUCUGGAUGAUCCACUGUAUAUAGGCUUGAGGCACAAGCGAAUUACAGGUGCUGAUUAUGAUGAUUUCAUUGAUGAAUUCAUGAGGGCUGUUGUAAAGAGAUAUGGUCAAAAUACUCUAAUUCAGUUUGAAGAUUUUGGAAAUCAUAAUGCAUUCCGUUUACUGGAUAAGUACCGUGAAAAGUACUGCACUUUCAACGAUGAUAUCCAAGGAACAGCAUCAGUUGCUGUGGCUGGGCUGCUUGCUUCUCUCCGCAUUACCGACACUCGUCUGUCAGACAACAUUAUCCUUUUCCAGGGUGCUGGGGAGGCUUCCUUGGGUAUUGCUCAACUGUGUGUAAUGGCAAUGCAGGCAGAGGGUACAUCAAUAGAGGAUGCCAGAGACAAGAUUUGGAUGGUAGACUCAAAGGGGUUAAUUGUUAAAGAUAGGCCAGAAGGUGGAGUAACAGGUCACAAGGUGCAUUAUGCCAGGAACCAUACUCCCAUCAAGAACCUCAAAGACGUAAUCAGAGAAGCAAAGCCUUCUGUUAUCAUAGGUGCUGCUGCCGUGGGAGGAGUUUUCACCCCAGAGAUACUGCGUGAUAUGGCCUCCUUCAACAAGCGCCCCAUUGUGUUUGCUCUUAGCAAUCCAACCACAAAGGCUGAAUGUACAGCAGAGGCAGCCUAUACAAACACUGAUGGCAAGUGCGUAUUUGCAAGUGGGUCUCCAUUCCUUCCUGUUAAAUACAAGGGCCAAAUCUUCUUCCCAGGACAGGGAAACAACUCAUAUAUCUUCCCUGGUGUUGCUCUGGGUGUCAUCUGUACUGGCAUCCGCCACAUCAGUGAUGAGAUUUUCCUAAUUGCAGCUCAGGCUUUGGCUGCUUUAGUGUCUGAAGAGGAUUUGGACAGAGGAAGCCUGUAUCCACCACUCAACACUAUUCAAAAGUGCUCUCUUAAGAUUGCUGUUAAAGUUGCUGAAUAUGCAUAUGAACAUGGUAAGCUGCAUGUGAAAUUAUUACUGGACAUUCUUAUGGGCAUUAAUGGGCCGUACUGCAUGCAAGACAUCUCCUUAAAUAUAAUUCAAUGAAAAUUAAAAAAAGUU